AUGUUAGUAGGUUUAGGAGGUAAUAACGGUACCACUUUCUUAGCCUCAGUCUUGGCAAAUAAAAACAAUUUGGAAUUCUAUUCAAAAAAUUUUAAGGGCUUGAAAAAGGCAAACUAUUACGGUUCAGUCACCCAAUCUUCAACCAUCAAAUUGGGUAUUAACCCAGAAACUAACGAAGACGUUUAUAUCCCUUUCAAUGAAAUCUUGCCAUUUGUUAACCCAAAUGAUUUCGUCGUCUCAGGUUGGGAUAUCAAUAAUUCAAACUGUUCAGAAGCAAUGCAAAGAGCUUGUGUCCUAGAAUACGAUUUACAAUCAAAGUUGAAGGACUACAUGAAAGACGUCACUCCUUUGAAAUCCAUCUACUACCCAGAUUUCAUCGCCAUUAACCAAAACGAAAGAGCAAAUAACGUCAUUAACAGAGGUACAAACGAUUUAUCUUUGGAAAACUUAUCCAAGGGUAAAUGGUCUCAUGUAGAACACAUCAGAAAUGAUAUUAGAAAUUUUAAAAAUGAAAACAAUUUGGAUAAAGUCAUUGUUUUAUGGACUGCAAACACAGAAAGAUAUUCUGUUAUCGAAAAUGGUAUUAAUGACACCGCCGACAAUUUGAUUAACUCAAUCAAAAAUGAUCAUGCUGAAGUCUCCCCUUCAACCAUCUUCGCCGUUGCUUCAAUCUUAGAAGGUGUGCCAUACAUUAACGGUUCCCCACAGAAUACUUUUGUUCCAGGUGUGAUCGAAUUAGCUGAAAGAGAACAUUCUUUCAUCGCUGGUGAUGAUUUCAAAUCUGGUCAAACUAAAAUGAAAUCUGUGUUGGCCCAAUUCUUGGUCGAUGCAGGUAUCAAGCCAUUAUCCAUUGCCUCUUACAACCAUUUGGGUAACAAUGACGGUUAUAACUUAAGUUCUCCUAUGCAAUUUAAAUCAAAGGAAAUUUCAAAGAGAGGUGUCUGUGAUGAUAUGAUAGAAUCAAACCAAAUUUUGUUUAACGAUAAAGUUGGUAAAACUAUCGAUCAUUGUAUUGUCAUCAAGUACAUGAAUGCAGUAGGAGAUUCAAAAGUUGCAAUGGACGAAUAUUACAGUGAAUUGAUGUUGGGUGGUCAUAACAGAAUCUCUAUUCACAAUGUUUGUGAAGACUCAUUGUUAGCCACUCCAUUAAUCAUUGAUUUAUUGGUAAUGACAGAAUUCUGUACAAGAGUUACCUAUAAAAAAUUAGAUGGUGCAGAUGCUACUAAAAAGGAAUUUGAACCAUUUUAUCCAGUAUUGACUCUGUUAAGUUACUGGUUAAAGGCUCCUUUGACAAGACCAGGUUUCAAGGCUAUUAAUGGUUUGAUGAAACAACGUGCAGCUUUAGAAAAUUUCAUGAGAUUGUUGAUAGGUUUACCACCUUUAGAUGAAUUGAGAUUCGAAGAAAGAUUGUUAUAA